UCUGCCUGCGGACCCCGCACGAUGGAGGCUGGCUCCGUGGUACGAGCGGUCUUUGACUUCUGUCCCAGCGUCUCUGAGGAGCUGCCCCUGUUUGUGGGAGAUGUCAUCGAGGUCCUGGCUGUGGUGGACGAGUUCUGGCUCCUUGGCAAAAAGGAAGGCGUCACAGGGCAGUUUCCUAGCAGCUUUGUGGAACCUGUGGAUAUUCCUGCUUUGAAGCAGGGAGAAAAGCUGUUUGUUUGUACCAGUGACUUCACAUCUCAAGAGCCAGGAAGCUUGUCAUUGCAGAGAGGAGACCUGGUGAUCCUGGGGGGCUCCCUGGCCUCCAGCUGGCUCCAGGGCCGAAGCAGCUGGGGUUCUAAGGGCUUUUUCCCCUCAUCAUGUGUGCGGGAACUGUGCCUUUCAUUUCGGAGCCAUCAGCUAUCCCAGAGUGCUCUCCUGGAGGUGCCUACCUACUCCCUGGGCCAAGCCCGAGCUCUGAUGGACCUCUCUGCCCAGCUAGAAGAGGAACUGGACUUCAGGGAAGGGGAUGUGAUCAACAUUGUUGGCAUCCCAGAGCCUGGCUGGUUCGAGGGAGAGCUCAGAGGCCGCAGGGGCAUCUUUCCAGAGGGCUUUGUGGAGCUGCUUAGUCCUUUAAGAACAGCAGGAACCUCAGAGGAUCCAGAGCCCACAGUACCAUGUGCCACCAAUGGAACAGUGGAGGUGCUCCCCAAGGAGGAAGAGAGCAGAGAAGAGGAGGGGCAGGAACCAGGGAGCACCUAUGGGGUUGCUCUCUAUCAAUUCCAAGCUCUGGAAUCCACGGAAUUGGAUUUUGAUGUUGGUGACAGGAUUCGUAUUGUAGGGAUUCUGGAGGAUGGCUGGCUGGAAGGGGAGCUGAGGGGAAAACGUGGCAUCUUUCCACACAGAUUUGUGAGGCUGGAAGCCUCCGAUUCCUGCAUGAAAAAGGGGAGUGCUGGGGAUCCACAGGCUGGAGGCAGCUCUGAAGUGACCAUCCAUCAAGACCCAGAAAGCACCUGCUCCAGAUCUCUACUUUUGCCAGAGGAAGAUGGCAGAGAAAAGGAGGAUGGCUCUGUUUUGCACUCAGUACCUGACCACAGUCAUUCUCAGACAGCAGGGACGGCAGAGAGUCCUCUAAGCAAAAACCUGGGAAAGAGUCAAGUCUUUCCUGACACAGAACUCCAAGGGCCACUUCCCAAAGACACAGCAGACUCCGUCCACUUGUCCUGCACAAACACUGUCAACGGCCUCCCCUCUGCUCCGCUGCAUCCCCUGCAGAGCAGCGGACCUGGCCAAGCAGAUGUUGCGGAGCCUUGCGGGACCAUAUCAACCUCCACAAGGAAUUCAGGAACUCAUGAGCUGCCUGAACAUGGUGGAGACGGUCCCACUGUGCCCUCACAAUCUUCCUGCUCACCCACAGAUGCCUGUAGGGGGAAGGUGAUCCCUGCUAACAGCUGGGCAGCAUCAGAGCCCAAGGAGAGCCAGAGCAGUGCCCAGGACCUUGACAUUUGGAUGGACAGUCAACAGGAGAAGCCCAAAUCCUGUUCCUCCAGCUCGGGCGAUGCCCACGUGGGCCUAGAUACAUGGCCUGGGAGCUGGGGGGAAUGCGCCCCGCUUGCGGUGCCGGGAGAUGCCUGCACAGACCUCGACUCCAAACUGACCGAGCAGCUGGCCCAGUUUGAGAAGAGCCUGUCAGGUGCCGGCGGCGAGCAGGACAAGGUGUGCCGCCACUUCUCCAUCCUGGACUACAGCUCUGAGAAGGACAUCGUUCGCGGCUCUCCCGAGUGUGCCCCUCGCUCCCAGCAGCCAGAGAGGAGGAAGGUGCUGAGGCCGCCGCCUCCUCGGCCCGGCACCCUUGCGACGAGCGCCGGGGCGCUGCCGGCGGGCCGGGGUCCCAGGGGCAGGUCCCUGUCGUUCUCGGUGAAGCCGUCCCGGCCUGCGCCGCGGCCUCCGCCGGGCAGCCAGCGGAGGAGCGCGGCCCCGCAGCCCAGCAGGCAGGAGCAGCGCGUGGACGAAGGCCGCGGGGAGCCGCCGUGGGCAGUGGUGGCCUCUCCCCGCUCCAUCCUGCUGACCAGGAUCCGAGAGGUGGAGCGAGACCUGGAGGCCUAUGGCAAGACCCGGGCUGAGCUGAGCUUGAUGCUGGAGGAGCCGCAGGAUGAGCUGGGGAGGGCGGAGACUCUGGAAAACCUUGAUUUCUGUGACUCCAACAUUGAGAGCCUCAGCGUGGAGCUGCAGGAGCUGAGAGAGAUGACCCUCCUCUCAUCCCAGACACCAUCCCUGGAUACUUCCUCGACUGCUACUGAGAGCCCAGAACAAAGGAUGCUGGAGAAGAGGUCCAAAGUUAUUGAGGAACUGCUCCAGACAGAGCGAGACUAUGUCCGAGACCUGGAGAUGUGUGUGGAGAGGAUCAUGGUGCCCCUGCAGCAGGCGCAGAUGCCAAAUAUAGACUUUGAAGGUCUUUUUGGAAACAUACAGAUGGUAAUCACCUUCUCCAAAGAGCUGUUGACAACCUUGGAGGCUUCAGAUGCCAUUGGGCCAGUAUUCCUGUCACGCCGUGCAGAGCUGGAGGCCGUCUACAAGGUGUAUUGUCAGAACCACGAUGAGGCCAUCGCACUUCUGGAAGCCUAUGAGAAGGAUGAGAAGAUUCAGAGAUUACUUCCGGACCUGCUGGAUAGCCUCAGGAGCCUGUACAGUGAGUGGGGCUGCACAAACUACAUUAACUUGGGCUCAUUCCUCAUCAAGCCAGUGCAAAGGGUGAUGCGGUACCCGCUGCUUCUGAUGGAGCUGCUGAAUGCCACCCCUGAGUCUCACCCUGACAAAGCCCCACUCACAGCUGCUGUCCUCGCAGUCAAGGAAAUCAACGUGAACAUCAACGAAUACAAGCGCCGGAAGGACCUGGUGCUAAAGUACCGGAAAGGGGAUGAGGACAGCCUCAUGGAAAAGAUCUCCAAGCUCAACUUCCAUUCCAUCAUCAAGAAAUCCAACCGUGUGAGCAGCCAUCUCAAGCAUCUCACAGGCUUUGCCCCCCAGCUGAAGGAUGAGGCCUUUGAGGAGACAGAGAAAAAUUUCCGGAUGCAGGAGCGGCUGAUCAAGUCCUUCAUCCGGGACCUUUCCCUCUACCUGCAGCACGUCCGGGAGUCAGCCUGCAUGAAGGCGCUGGCAGCGGUGAGCAUGCGGGACCUGUGCACAGAGAAAGGCGGUGGGGACCUGGACCAGUUCCAGAAAGUGAAUCGUCUCAUCAGUGACCAGCUCUUCUCCAGCUUUAAAGAGCGGACGGAGCGGCUAGUGACCUCACCCCUGAACCAGCUGCUGAGCAUGUUUGUGGGGCCACACAAGCUUGUGCAGAAGCGCUUCGACAAGCUCCUCGACUUCCACAACUGCACGGAGCGAGCGGAGAAGCUGAAGGACAAACGAACGCUGGAGGAGCUGCAGUCGGCCCGCAACAACUACGAGGCCCUCAACGCACAGCUGCUGGACGAGCUGCCCAAGUUCCAGCGCCUCGCCAAGGAGCUCUUUGCCAGCUGCCUGCAGGGCUAUGCCGAGGCUCACUGCGACUUCGUGCGCCUGGCCCUGGAGGAACUGAGGCCCUUGCUCUCGUUGCUGAAGGUGGCCGGCAGGGAGGGGAACCUCAUUGCCAUCUUCCAGGAAGAGCAUGCUCGAGUCCUCCAGCAGCUGCAGGCCUUCACCUUCUUCCCAGAGUCCCAGGCAGCUCCCAAGAAGCCCUUUGAGAGGAAGACUGUGGAGCGUCAGUCUGCUCGGCGGCAGCCUCUCAUUGGCUUGCCCAGCUACCUCCUGCAGUCAGAUGACAUCCGAGCUGCCCUGCUGGGCCGCUAUCCCCCAGACAGUCUCUUCCAGGCAGACCGCAAUUUCAAUGCUGCCCAAGACCUUGAUGUCUCGCUGCUGGAGGGAGACCUCGUGGGUGUCAUCAAGAAGAAAGACCCGAUGGGCAGCCAGAAUCGCUGGCUCAUAGACAACGGGGUGACCAAAGGCUUUGUGUACAGCUCCUUCCUGAAGCCCUACAACCCACGCCGCAGCCAGUCGGACGUCUCCGUGGGCAGUCACUCUUCCAACGAGUCUGAGCACAGCAGCACCUCUCCCCACACCACCACCACGCUGACCUUCAGCCCCAGCGGGGCAGCCGUGACCUUCACUCAGAAACCCCAGCAGGACUCUGCCUCCCCGGCAGACCUGUACCAGUCUCCGCAGUCCCCCUCGGAGAUGGACUCACCUUGCCAGCCCCAGCUUGGCUCUAGUGACAGGAUGGUGCCUCUGGAAGCUGGUACAGUGACGUCUCAGCGCCGCCACAGCCGCCCUGAGCCGGGCGGUGGCCCCAGCCCUCGCAACAGACACCCCACCAAAGCACAUCUCAGGCCUGCGCUCUCUGUGGAGGACAGAGACUCUGGGCUGGAGAGCAGCGAGUCAGAGGGCAACCAGGUCUACUACGCGCUCUACACUUUCAGAGGCCGAAACGCCAAUGAACUGAGUGUGUCAGCUAACCAGAGACUCAGGAUCCUGCAGUUUGAGGACAUCACAGGCAAUCGAGAGUGGUGGCUGGCCGAGGCGCACGGGAAGCAGGGCUACGUGCCCUCCAGCUACAUCCGAAAGACAGAGUACACAUAAGGGCAGGAGCCUGCACCCCGUGCCUUGUUCCUGCUGGGACAGCUGGGGCGCAGGGAGACUGGCCAGCCCUGUGGGGUGCCUCAGCCUGCCCUGCUCGCCCCGAGGGGUCCCGGCUGCGUCCCUCGCAGCCCCACAGUGCUCCCAAGCCCUGCUGCACUGGCUGCCAAGGGCAGGGUCAAGUUGCCUUCACCCUGGGCUGCUUGCUGGGUCCGGCUGGUAGCAGGUGAGCAUAAUGUGGGACUGUGAUGCAAGAGGAAAUAGCUUCACCGAGGCUGAAGAGCUGCUGUGGGUUUCAUGUGUGAAAGUCUGGUUUUGAGUUUCCAGGGUCUGCCCAAAGACAAAUAGUGUUAAAAGAAACCUGGGCCCUGUGAACAGGGUUUCUGUGGGCAUCUCGGCAGCAGGAGCCUGGUUGAGCCUGUCUGUGCAGGAUGGCAGAGUGGGGCAUGUUUGCUCAACCCGGAGUAGUUGCUGGGAGAAGUUCAGCUCCAAGACCCAGCAGCCCACAGCAGAGCCCCACACCGUGUUGCGUUUGCCUCCUUGGGCUCCCUGGACUGGGGCCUCUCCUGGCUCCCGGGCAGCAGCCGCCCUUGCGUCCCGGUCUCCCUGGUGAGCCGAAGGCCUCAAUACCAUCUUCGUUAGCACUGCAUCAUUUGCAGGGAAACACUGAGACAGGGCAGAAAGCAAAGAGCGGGCUCUGUCCUGCAGCCUGAUGUUGCUCAGGCUCUGAGCAGGACUCCGUCGUGCCUGCACUUGCUGCAGGGCUCCGGCAAUGGUGCUUGUGUUCUGGGAGGGCACCAAGGAGAUGCACUGCCCCAUGCUGGGGUGGUAUCUGCCCUCUGCUGCAUUGCCUUGG